AAAUGGACAAGCAGUCUCGUUUAAAUUAAGAACAGAUUCUGAGAUGCAUCAGAAAUCAUCGAGAUUUAAAUGAAAUCUUGACAAAAUAAAAAGAUCAUAGUUCAUAAGAAUUAUUUGAUGACAUCGAUAAAGCAACCCUGAACUAAUCUAAUGAAAGUAAGCAAAGUUAAGAAAGCAAAUCAAAUAGCGAUAAAAUAGAUAGGGCCAUAUAAAUGUUUACAGGUAAAGCCAAUAAACAUGAAAUAACACUAGAACCUAAAGUGAUAUUGUAUGCAAAACAAGAUAAUUUUUCAUAAGACCAGAUGAUGGAAUAAAUUUCUGAAGUUUUUAAGAAUAAGUCCUUUGACUAAAAAGUGGGUUCAAAUCUUUCAACCGAAAUAUCAAAUGAACCUGGUUUUUAAUUGGGAUCAUCUUGUUAAUCAUUGUUAACAAGUGGUUCUGAAACUGAAAGAAGAAAGAGAAAAACAAUUUCAGAAGAAGAAGCACACUAUUUUUUAGUAAGAAUAGAUUAAGUAAUGAAUUAAUCGGAUGAAAGAACCACAAUAAUGAUAAAAAAUAUCCCUAAUAAAUAUACAGUGCAAAUGCUUUAAGAUUUAAUUGAUCAUAGACAUAGCAAUUAUUAUGACUUUUUAUAUCUUCCAAUAGACUUUAAGGUAAUUAAAUAAUGUUAUUAUAAAUUAGAAUAAGUGUAAUAUGGGGUAUGCAUUCAUAAAUUUUGUACAUCCUUUUUACAUUAUUUAAUUUUAUAAGGAUUUUCAUGAUAAUGGAUGGCCUCAUUUUAAUAGCGAGAAAGUAAAGUUUUUAAAAUAUCAAAUUUAGAUUUGUGAAUUGAGAUAUGCAAGAAUAUAAGGACGUUAAGCAUUAGUAUAGCAUUUUCAAUUUUCAAGUGUGAUGAACCAAAAGGUUAAAAUAACUAAAAUUAUAUUAGGACAAGAAACUUAAACCAGUUAUAGUGCCAUAAAGUGAAUUAUCAAGAAUUCACCAAUUAAUUUAAGUAAAUCACAAAAAUAUUUUUUAAGAGAUAAAAAUAAUGA